AUGUCCUUUGCUACUUUGAAACUUGCAGAUGGUACUGAGUACCAACAACCGCUAGGACUAUUCAUCAACAACGAAUUUGUCGAGGCGCAUGGGUCUGAGACGUUGACGUCGUACAACCCAAGUACCGGCGAAGAGCUAUGUAAAGUGCAAUGCGCUGAUCCUAAGGUCGACGUCGAUCUUGCUGUCAAGGCUGCUAGAGACGCUUUCCCUGGUUGGAGAGACACCCCAGCAACCACCAAGAGAGACUUGUUCUACAAGCUGGCCAAUCUUUUGGAAAGAGACAUCGAGUUGUUCAGCAAGGUUGAGUCGUUGGACACUGGUAAGCCAAUUACGAACAAUGCCAAAUAUGACAUGGAGGAGAUCAUCGAGGUGUUGAAGUACUACGCUGGCUGGAUCGACAAGGCUGGCGGACAAUCGUUCUUGCCAAGCAACAAGAAGUUAGCAUACACUUUACACCAACCUUUGGGUGUGGUUGGCUGUAUCAUCCCAUUCAACUACCCAUUGGCCAUGAUGUCGUGGAAGUGGACGGCCAUUGCAACCGGUAACACCACCGUGUUCAAGUCUGCAGACCAAACCCCAUUGUCCAUCCUUUUCUUUGCUAACCUUGUGAAGGAGGCUGGCUUCCCACCGGGUGUCUUUAACGUUGUCUCGGGUCCCGGUGCCACUGUCGGCAGUGCCAUCGUGCAACAUUUGGGAGUCGACAAGAUCGCAUUCACAGGUUCUACCACAGUCGGCCAGAUUAUUCAGCAGCAAGCUGCAGUCAACUUGAAACCCAUCACCUUGGAAUGUGGUGGUAAGUCCGCCAACAUGGUCUUCGAAGACUGCGACUUGGAGCAAGCCGUCAAAUGGAGUGCCUGGGGUAUCUUCAACAACAUGGGUCAAAUCUGCUCCGGUACUUCCAGGGUCUUCGUGCAAGAAUCCAUCUACAAGGAAUACGUUGCGCAAUUGGUCGAGCACGUCAAGUCCACAUACAUUGUUGGCUCCCCAGCUGACGACAGUGUUAUCGUCGGGCCCCAGGUAUCCAAGAAGCAACAAGAACGUGUGCUCCAAUACAUUAAAAUCGGUAUCGACGAAGGCUGCGAGGUCGCUCUAGGUGGUCUCGGUCUACCAGAACCAGUCGCAGCCAGCGAAACCCUCACCAACGGUUACUACGUCAAGCCAACUAUCCUAACAGGUGUCAAGCCUCACUACAGAAUCGCUCAGGAAGAAGUCUUCGGCCCUGUCAUCGUUGUAGGAACCUUCAAGGACUACGACGAUGCAAUCAAGAUCGCAAACAACUCCGAAUACGGUCUAGGUUCCGCAGUGUUCUCAAAGGACAUCACCGUCUGCCACAAGUUCGCCCAAGAUGUCGAGGCCGGUAUGGUCUGGAUCAACUCAUCCAACGACGUCGACAUCAACAUCCCAUUCGGAGGUGUGAAGAUGUCUGGUCACGGUCGUGAGCUAGGUGAGUACGGAUUAGCAAACUUCACAAACGUAAAGUCCGUCCAUGUCAACCUCGGUAACAAGUUGUAA